AUGACGGUAAACUCGAUUGUACCUCGGUCUCAAGUAUCAGAGAAAGAGUUAAGCCGGGAACUGAGUGAAGAAUUCGCACAAGAUUUAAGCGAUAUCAGCUUCACGUCUUAUGGUCGCAGCCCGAUGGAAGUUUUACUCAGCCCGCCGGACGAGCUCGACGAGGAUGAGGCAUCUUCAAAUAGCGAUAGCGCAUUCGCAUCACCAUUCUCAACCCGCGCAGCAUCAUUCGACAGUAUACCGUCUCUAGGCGAUUCGUUUGGAACUAGUCUAGUUACUUCUAUCGAUUCUCCCGUUACCCCACGCGGGAGAAGGAUACGACCGCCUCGACGGUCGCUAGAGCCGGUGUCUUCACCUCCUGGUCAACAUUUAGAACAUCCGCUUUCUACUAAGAGUACCCUGGACGUUGACGAGCUUGAUUUUAGAGUUUUCACACCAAAACCAAGCCCAACCGAGCAGAAACAGACUACUGGGCUCACACCACUUAAAUCCGUCUUCAAGUCGAAUUUGACGGCGUCGCUUCGUGCAUUGCGUUCUGCCGCCCGAUCAUUAUCUAGUUUCACUUCUUCGUCGAUACCUCCAGAUGAUUUCCUUACUAGAUCUAUACUCACAAUCGACCCGCGAGUCCCAUUCACCGACGAGAGAAUGCCUCCCGUCCUAGGAGAAGAACCCAGCGAAGCCAUGCGUCGUUAUCUAAAUCCGACCAGCGUACGGCCAGAAUCGCGCGUACGGUCAACAUUUCGCAGUUAUACAGCAUCUAUUCAGAUGCAAACCUAUAAAGUACAACGAUCAAGGAGUACCCCGGCAGCUAGUCGUUCAGGCGGUCAAGCGGGCAAUUCUAACAAAUCACCGAACGCGUACGUCUUUCCACCGGGUCCUCGCCAGCGGGAGAUUCGGGAGAACUCGGAUUUCAUUCGAAUUGCUGUCUUAGAACACCUAAUGCGCAAGCGUGGUAAAUUAGACGACCAACGUGAAGGACACGCACGGUGGCUUCUACCGCCAAGAAAAUCUACAACAAGACCCUACGAGAUUAGACCUGAUGGUGUCCCCGCGAGAUGGGUUGCACUUUCACAGGACGUCAUCUAA